AUGCCCCAAAAUGAAUAUAUUGAACAGCAUAUAAAACAACAUGGUAGAAGGUUUGAUCACGAGGAGCGGAAAAGAAAAAGGGAAGCAAGGGAAGGUCAUCGUGUAGCUAAAGAUGCUCAAACAUUGAAAGGAUGGAGAGCUAAACAAUUUGCUAAAAAGAGGUAUAGUGAGAAAGUUUCUAUGAGAAAGAAGAUUAAAGCACAUCAAGAAAGUAAGGUCAAGGGUCCAUCUACGCCUAAAGAAGAUGAAGGAGAAGCUUUACCAACCUAUCUUUUGGAUCGUCAAACCAAUAACACAGCUAAAGCCUUAUCUUCCAGUAUCAAACAGAAAAGACUAGAAAAGGCUGACAAAUUUUCUGUUCCGUUACCAAAGGUAAGAGGUAUUUCAGAGGAAGAAAUGUUUAAAGUGAUAAAGACAGGUAAAAGCAAAACAAAGAGUUGGAAGCGGAUGAUUACAAAGCACACAUUUGUAGGCGAGGGCUUUACUCGUAGACCAGUGAAAAUGGAAAGGAUCAUACGUCCAGCAGCUUUGAGGCAGAAAAAGGCAAAUGUAACGCACCCCGAAUUAGGCGUCACUGUAUUCUUACCGAUUUUAGGUGUAAAAAAGAAUCCACAAUCCCCCAUGUAUACUCAAUUGGGUGUUUUAACGAAAGGUACUAUUAUAGAAGUGAACGUUUCCGAGUUAGGAUUGGUUACCGCUGGUGGUAAAGUUGUUUGGGGUAAAUACGCUCAAAUCACAAAUGAGCCCGACAGAGAUGGUUGUGUAAACGCAGUGUUAUUAGUAUAG